AUGUAUGACCAUCAACCAGAGUCCAAAGAGGAAUCAAGGACUACUCAGAACAUGGUCACAGAGAAGACCCAAGCAACAGGGUCCAUGAUCCGCCUAUCAAUAUGGGUGUCCUUUGCAGCAUGGAUAACCAACUUCGACAACGGCUAUUCCGGCACAGUAUUGAUCAUGCCGUCCUACAAAAAAGCAUUUGGCACUUGCCACGACAUCCCCAACCCAGCCACCGGGGGCAUAGACCAGCAAUGCUCAAUCACCGCAUUACAGCAAUCAUUGAUUAGUCUCAACUUCCUUUUCAUUGCCCUCGGCGGUGGUGUUUCAGGUCUGGCCGGCAGAUACGUCGGCCGUCGCGGGUCCAUUCAGAUCGGAUGUAUUCUUGCCAUCAUCGGCGCAGGUGGCAUGAUCGGAACGGUUGGCAGUUUCUUGCAUUACAUGAUCUGCAGGUGCAUCAGUGCAGUGGGGAUCGGGCAGCUCAUGACUGCCAGUGUCACCUAUGGGUCCGAGUGCAUUGUCGCGCACCAGCGCGGCCUCUCCCUGGGACUCUACAACGUCGGCCUGGCCCUGGGCAACGUUGCCUCCUCCGCGGUGUGUGCAGGCUCAUCGCGCCUGGAGCCAGAUAACCACUGGCAAUGGAAAACGCCUAUUCUGUGCCAAAUCCCUCUGGGAGUUCUCCUAGGAGCGGGCAUCUUGAUGUUCCCUGAGUCUCCACGCUGGCUCAUGAACCACAACAGAGAAGAGGAGGCGCGGCACUCGUUCGGUGUCUUGUAUCAACAGGAGCCGUAUUCGGCCGAGAUCACAGCACAAAUUGAAGACGUCAAAUCGCAUAUCCAGACAGAACGUGCAGGCGCGACAUCCAGCUCGUGGGUUGACAUCUAUCGGCGAAAAAACGUUCGCCGCACAUUAAUAUCAGCCAUGAUUAUGGUCGGGCUUGCAAUCACCGGCAUUCAAUUUGCACAGCCGUAUGCCGCUCUCUUUUUGCAAGGUGUCGGGAUCAGCAACCCAUAUUUGAUCAACGUGAUUAUCGGCCUCUGCAUUCUGGCAGGGGCGUGUCUGGGCCCGUUUAUCGUGGAAUAUGGAGGACGGCGAAGGGCAAUUCUCGUUGGAUACAGCGCAAUGGCAAUUUGCAUGCUCGUCUUAUCAUCUGUGAGCACGGCGCUGGGCAUGGAUGCCAGUGCGCGAAUGGUUGUUGUGGUCUUCCUCUGCCUGUGGGCAUUUGUCUUCGGUGGGACCAUCGCACCCAGUGCGAGUCUCGCCUCUGUUGAGAUGCACAGCGUGUCUCUUCGCACCUAUGGCCAGGCAAACUCCACGAUAUUCUUCGGUAUCUUCUCCUUUGGCGCCAUCUUCUGGACACCCUAUAUGCUGAACCCGGAGUAUGGAGAUAUGGGGGCCAAUGUCGGGUAUUUCUAUGCGGGUGUGACUAUUGUAAUGAUGAUUUUAGUCUUUCUGUUUGUUCCAGAAACGGCUCGCUUGACUCUGGAGCAGAUUGAUGAUCUUUUCACCUCUGAGGUCUCGGCAUGGCAAACCUCGACGGCGAAGAACAGGUCUAUUUCCGUUUCCAAGGGCGGGGAAGUGGAAGAAAAGGUUUUAUUCUAA